UGAACACGAUACCAACCUUUAAAAUGUUCAGCGUCGACCCUGUAUUUGACAGCGACACAGCGUAUAGCAGUCAUGCAUGACUGCCAGGACAGUGAAUUUGUUUACUAACUGCUGCUAAACACAAAAAUGCACAAACCGCACAAACACGUCUCAUACGAAGCCCUAUAAAUUCAUAGAACUGCGCGAUGGCUUGGUCGAAUAAUUCACGCCGCUGUUGCGUUUCGGGAUGUCUGACGGAAGCGCACAAUCCCCGCGAUACUAAUACGCGGUUGUUCCGUUUUGUAAAAAGAGCCAAUGCACGCAGCACGAAUUCCGAAUUUAAAGAAUUAACGGAGAGACGAUUCUGGACUUGGAUAAGUGUUCUGGAGCAGGAUCCGUGGAAAUCCAAAUCGCUGUGGGUUUGCAGUAGGCACUUCAAAACUGGUCGACCAUCCGCAACAUCUCGCUAUUGGGAAACGGAUUGGAUACCGAAUCAAAAAUUGAGGAAAAAGAAGCCAAGUGUAUAUGAUCGUAGCAUCAGGAUGUCCAACGGAAAUGAGCAUGAAUACAGCGAUAAUGAGAGCGGUCCCUUCAUACGGAUAUUCCAGGGUGAAGUUAGUUUUUCAAACCAAGAAGGUCCUCUCUGUCGUCUUUGCUUGCGCAAAAAUGCCAAUCUACGUCCAGUGUACCCGUCUCCGCGUGUCGACGAGAAUCAGAUGGUUAAAGUUAUCGAGCUGAUAACGAAUAUUUGCCUGAACUUUGAGGAUGAUUAUAACAGUUUCGUUUGCUGUGAUUGCUUGAAUAAGUUAGAUGAAUUCUGCAGGUAUAGAGAAAUAUGGCAAUCGAAUGAUGCAUUGUUAAGAGCAUUUAGAAAUAAGGAAAACCACAUAACUCCUGUUCCGAGUGAGCAACUUACGGAAAUGCAUGAACUUAAUGGAGAAGAUCACGAAACUUGUUAUGCAGAAGAGAGAGGAUUUGCGUUAGAACCUAUCCCGAUUGUAUCAAUUCCAAUAGAACAUUUAUUGGAAGGAACUGCAGCAGGUUGUGCAGAAGACGAUAAUUUGGAACCGCUGUCGUUUAAGUUUGAAGAUCAGCAAAAUACGACUGCUUUUGACGAAUCACUGGAUACAAAGGACUAUAUUGAGUCGCUAUCGGUUGUGCAAUACGCUGCUGAAGAGAAUUGCACGAUAAGCACUAAUGUGAAACAAGAGGCUCCACUGGAAAUAGAUUCAGAUACCGUCGAAGAAGAACAGAAAGACAGACUUAUUAGAAAGCUUAUGAAACAAAUUCGACGAGAAACACUGUCGCCAAAGAGGUCCCGCAAAUCUGGCAAACGGCACAAGAAGCACAGAAAAUCGAACAACACUGGCUUGAAUACGAUUGACCUUACCGAUAGCACGUAGAAUGAAAUAGGUACACUGAACGGAAUCUUCAUCAUAAUAGCGACUGGUACCUGAUUUGGUCCCGCCCUUUAACGAUAAUCAUCCAUAUUCCGGAUGAUCGUUAUUUGCCAGUUCCCAUUCGCUCGCGAGCCUCGCGUAUGAUAGUCAUCCCAUUUCCAUCACCCAAAACAGAUGGUGUGAAAAUGAAGAGCAUUCGGUUAUCAGAUGAUUUCAGGAUGGUUUUAAAAUUAUUUGAAUUUGAAAAUGAAGUGAAAAUAGAUAUAUAUUUUUUUCAAUUUGAAAACUGAUUAACAA